ACCGUCCUGGGGCUGUUGUUGCAGCGACUCUCUGCCCGGUUGGGGGUUGUGACUGGGAUGCAGCUGGCCGAGGUGUGCUACCAGCGAUACGCCAAGGCUCCCCGAAUCCUCCUGUGGUUGAUGGUGGAGUUGGCCAUCAUUGGCUCAGACAUGCAGGAGGUCAUAGGAUCAGCAAUCGCUAUUAAUCUCCUGUCUGUUGGAAGGAUCCCUCUCUGGGCUGGAGUGCUGAUCACAAUCGCAGACACCUUUUUCUUCCUGUUUUUGGACAAAUACGGUUUGAGGAAGUUGGAAGCCUUUUUUGGGCUCCUUAUAACAGCCAUGGCUGUGACAUUCGGUUACGAGUACGUGACGGUGCAGCCGAACCAGGGGAAGCUGCUGAAGGGAAUGUUUGUCCCGAGCUGCGAGGGCUGUGGGCCUCAGCAACUGCAACAGGCAGUGGGCAUCGUGGGAGCCGUCAUCAUGCCCCACAACAUCUACCUGUACUCCGCGCUCGUCAAAUCCAGGGAGGUGAACCGAACAAAGAGGCAAGAAGUCAGAGAAGCAAAUCGCUAUUUCUUCAUCGAAGCCUGCAUCGCCCUCUUCGUCUCCUUCCUCAUCAACGUCUUCAUCGUGGCCGUGUUUGCCGAAGCGUUCUACGAGCAGACAAACGAGGAAGUGUACGAAGUGUGCGCCAAUAACAGCCGGCAGCACGCACAUCUCUUCCCGCUCAACAACGAGACCUUGGAGGUUGAUAUUUACAAAGGGGGGGUUGUGUUGGGUUGUUUCUUCGGUCCGGCCACCCUCUACAUCUGGGCCAUUGGAAUCCUGGCUGCGGGGCAGAGUUCGACCAUGACAGGGACGUACACAGGCCAGUUCGUCAUGGAGGGUUUCCUGAAUCUAAAGUGGUCUCGUUUCGCGAGGGUGGUCUUCACUCGGACCAUUGCGAUUAUCCCCACUUUACUGAUCGCCAUUUUCCAGGACGUCGAGACCUUGACAGGAAUGAAUGAUUUCCUGAACGUGCUGAUGAGUUUACAGCUUCCAUUUGCAUUAAUUCCAAUAUUAACCUUCACGAGUCUGGGGUCACUGAUGCAGGAAUUUGUCAAUGGUCUGGUAUCGAAGAUAUUCGGAGCUGCCAUCAUCCUUCUCAUCCUUUCCAUCAACCUGUACUUCGUGAUCGAUUACGUGAUCAACCUGGGGCUCCCGGUCGUCUAUGCGGUCGCUGGGAUCCUUGGACUCAUGUACGUGGGCUUUGUACUGUACCUGGUGAGUUCCCGGCACUGACCUCUGUCUCCGUAACAACAACAACAACGCCCCCCCAAACCC